UCCGCCAGGUGUUUCCGGAUUGCGGGCGGGUUACGCUGGUGGUGGAGGCGCAGGUGCUGGCGGACCUUUCGGCGGGCGGAGGUCUCUGUCCUUCCCACCGCCGGUUGUGACCGCUGCGGGACCUCCUGGGGGUUUAAGUUUAUUUUACCGUACAAGUUUCUCGCUACCAUAAUGAGGCUAGUAAUUCUUGAAGAUUAUGAUCAGGCUAGUGAAUGGGCAGCAAAAUAUAUCUGUAACCGUAUUAUUCAAUUCAAGCCAAGUCAAGGAAGAUAUUUCACACUUGGUCUACCAACAGGGAGUACACCUUUGGGAUGCUACAAAAAGCUGAUAGAAUAUCAUAAGAAUGGAGAUCUCUCUUUCAAAUAUGUAAAGACUUUCAACAUGGAUGAAUAUGUAGGGCUUCCCAGAAAUCAUCCAGAGAGCUAUCAUUCCUAUAUGUGGAAUAACUUCUUUAAACAUAUUGACAUAGAUCCAAAUAAUGCUCACAUCCUUGAUGGGAACGCUCCAGACUUACAGGCGGAAUGUGAUGCAUUUGAAAAGAAAAUUGAAGAAGCAGGGGGGAUUGAUCUUUUUGUUGGAGGCAUUGGUCCAGAUGGCCACAUUGCAUUCAAUGAACCCGGAUCAAGUUUGUCUUCAAGAACAAGAUUAAAGACUUUAGCAAUGGACACCAUUUUGGCAAAUGCUAAAUACUUUGACGGAGACUUAUCUAAAGUACCAACUAUGGCGCUAACAGUUGGUGUGGGUACAGUGAUGGAUGCUAGAGAAGUGAUGAUUCUUAUAACAGGUGCACAUAAGGCUUUUGCACUGUACAAAGCAAUUGAAGAAGGAGUCAACCAUAUGUGGACAGUUUCUGCUUUCCAGCAACACCCUCGUACUAUCUUUGUGUGUGAUGAAGAUGCUACUUUAGAACUAAGAGUUAAAACUGUGAAGUAUUUUAAAGGUUUAAUGCAUGUGCACAAUAAGCUUGUGGACCCACUGUACAGUAUGAAAGAAAACUGAAAGAAGAAUUGAAGAGGAGCUCCAUGUGGGUCAACAGCAACAGUUUUAGGUAGCAGAUGAGUCCACUGCUAUGCAAUAUGCUGAAAACUGUUUAAAAUGGGGAAUCCUAGGUACUGUAUUUUUUAAAAGGUCCAAUAUCUGUACAUUCACAUUCCAUGUGUUUGCUGUGUUGUGCAUUUUGCUUUAACAUUUGAAGCUCUGUUGUUGGCUGAUACAUAAAUGGAACAACAAACCUGUGGGAUACUGCAUGUUAUGUAGGGGGGAAAAAGCAGAGCACUUAUUCUCACACAGCAAUGUAAUGCAUCUGCCUUGUGUUGAAGAAAAUGAUAUUAUAUUUCCAGGAAUUUGUAGGUUUUUGGCUUGAUUAGUGUAACUACGUUUUGCAUUUGUCUCUAGGCAGAAUGGUUUUGGCCUUUGUCAAUACUACGGACUUGUAAUAGUUACACAAUUUCUACGAUGAAAUGUUCUGUUUACAUAUAUCUUAUGUACACUGAGCUUUUGCACUUGGUUGCCUUAAAUUUAUCUUAAAACAGUUUUUGGGCAUCUCAAGUCCUGCUGUACAAUUCAGGCAAAUAAAAAUACAAAAACAGUGCCUAAAAAUGCACCAAAUUCUUGAAAGUUAUAACUUAUUCCACAGAUAAAAACAUUAAACUUCUGCCAUAGCACUUUUUCCUCUCAAGUAUUUCAAAUUACUUUAGGAUUUUUAUAUUUUUGGUAACUGAGCUUUAUACAUAAGGAAAAAUCUAAAUGUUCAUUUCUGGAGGUACUUGUUUAAUUGUACCAUUGAUGUUACUAUUAAAUGCCUGAAAAGAGGUUAGUUUACAGGAAUAUGUCUGCAAGUUUAACACAUAAUCAUUUAAAGUCAACUGUUAAUCACUCUGCAAUAGUUACCUCUUUCUGUAUCAUUAUAAACAUUAAGCUGUCACAAGGAAUGUUAUUUCCUACUUUGAAUAUAAGUAAAACUUAAAUAUAAA